UAAAGUACAAAACUAGUAGCUCAUAGUUUCAGUGUAUCAAGUACAUCAGCAGUUUUUUCUAUUGUAUUACAGGUUACUUAAAUUUUUGUGUGAUACACUACACAAUGACAUUAGUACAAACAUCACUUUAUUACAAUAACUAAAUCAAUUCACAUACACUAUAUACCUAGCAAAUACUUACAUCCAGUCAUCAUUUAGUGUACAUUAGCAAGAAUAACAUUAACCUUCCUCUACCUGUCAUGACAUGAAUCAUAUGUGUAUACAUGUACCACACAAUAAGCUGACAACAGCCUACACAGGGUAAUCAUAUGUUUGACUGUAAGAUACAAUGAACUAGCACAUGAUAGACAAGAGGACAUGAUAGGCAAUGUGCUUAGGUGAGUACAGUGUUCUUAGAGCUAGUGAUGAUGAUGAUGAUACUCCCCCACCAGUACCAGCCUAUAAUCCUAAUGGAGGACAAGAAUACUCUGAACUGAAGAGAGAGGGAGAGAAAAAGAAUAAACAACAACAACAACAAAAAGGAGCUGGUCCACUUUAUUCAACACUUAAUCAAGACAAUGAUACUGCUCCUCCUGUCCCUCCUGCUUAUAAUCCUGAGGGAGUACAGGAAUACUCUGUAUUGAAGAGAGAGGGAGAGAAUAAGGGUCAACAGGGUCUGUCUACUGGUGCUACUGGACUAUAUUCAACCAUUAAUAAAAACACCAACAACCAGGUGUUAGUUGAUGAAUCAGAUCAUAAGCCAGUGUAUGCUGAUCUGGCUAUUGCUGCUAAAGGGAAGAGACCACAGGCAGCACCAACACAAGAACAACCAGUGGUAUAUGCAUCAGUUAACAACAAAUCUGUUCCUCCUCCCAUUCCUCCUCCAGCUGCUCCUCAUAAAGUAUUGUAUGCUGAUCUAUCAAUAGCAGGUGGUAAGAGAACAUCAAAGAAUAAACCACCCACUGAGGAAAGAGUAGUCUAUGCAGCAGUCAAUGGAGAUAGGAACUUCACUACUCAAUCAAACUACCAAUUUUUAGUCAAAAGACAAUUUUCACUUUUAAAAUUAUCAAAUCAAGAUUUAAUAAAUUUCUAAAGUUGCUCCAAGUCAAAUUGGGUCAAAAGUACAUGGUCUUAGGCACAAAUGACUGAGGGAUAUGGUAUAUGUCAUAAUCCUACCUCUUGUCUCAUAGCAGUAAGGAAUCCUUGAGGAUUAAA